AGAGAUAUAUAGGAUAUGCGUCGUCGUGGUGCGUGCCUAGCAUGCAUGCAUGUGACGACCUCUCCUCCUCGCUGUCUCUCUGUAUCUGCAACUGCAAGCAAGGAAAUUAAUUAAAAGAAGAUCGGCGCCAUGGCGGCAACGACGACGGGGAUGCAGAUGAUGCAGGUGCAGCAGGCGGCGGCGUUGCUGCUGUGCUUGGUUGUGUUGGCGGCGUCUACGCGGGUCGCGCUGGGCAACUGCCGCGACGACUGCAUGGCUGCAUGCAACGGCUGGACCAUCGUCUGCCAGCUCUCCUGUGCCAGCGCAUGCUACGGAGAAGUCGGGAUCACAACCUUAGGUACGUCGGCUGUAUUAGCGAAAGCAGAAGCGCCUGCAUCAGCACCACAAGCAGCACAAGAGCGAGGCGCCGCCGCCGGCGUGUCCGCGCUCAGAGGGUUCAAGCUAUCAUCACCGACGACCCGUGGCCGUGGAUGAAUUAAUUAAGGCCCCAUGCAUCAUGCAUGCAUGCCUAAGCUACCUCCCAUUUCUUUGCUUCUACAAUGCAUGCAUGCAGAUAUUAAUUAAUCAUCAUCAAUCAGCAUGUACAAACGAGCCCUACGUACUACUGUAGUACAUACGUACGUACGUACUCCCUCCGGUUUCCUAUUAGUUGUCGUUUAGGACAACGACACGGUCUCCAAAAUAUAACUUUGACCAAUGUUUUUUGUUAAAAUACAAAUGAACUCUUAAUACAUUUAUACUUUUAUAAAAAUACUUUUUAUGAUAAAUUGGUGCAUAUAAAUAUUAGGUUCCAAAACUAAAUAACAAAAUAGUUAUUUGUAGUCAAAAUUUUAUAAGUUUGACUCGAACCUUAUCCAAAACGACAACUAAUAGGAAACCGGAGGGAGUACGUACUAGCAAUGCAAUUGAGUUAUUAAGUGUAUCCAUCGUU